AUGGCUCAAGAGCCCACCAUCCACGAGAUAUUUGAGCCGGUGACAGGUACGUGGCAGUACAUCGUCGCCGACCCCUCCACGAAGGCCGCCGUGAUCAUCGACUCCGUCCUGGACUUUGAUCCGGCAAAGAACGCAAUCUCCACACAGACAGCCGACGGCCUUCUCGAUGUUGUAAGGAAGAAUGGCUACAAAGUCUUCGAGAUUCUAGAGACACACGUCCACGCCGACCAUCUGACUGCGUCUAAAUAUUUACAGUCCCGGCUGCGGGAGGCGCAAGACGGCGUGACCCCCGAGAUCUGCAUCGGCAGGCGGAUCGGCGCCGUUCAAGAGAGACUCGCUGAGAAGUAUGGCAUCUCAAAAGAUGAAUACGUCAAUGCUUUUGACCGGCUCCUCGACGAUGACGAAAUCCUCGAGAUUGGGGAGCUCAAGGCCAAGGCUAUCCAUCUGCCGGGCCAUACUCCCGACCACAUGGGAUACAUGAUUGGAGCCAAUGUCUUUGCCGGCGACUCUCUCUUCAACCACGACGUCGGGUCCGCGCGGUGCGACUUCCCCGGCGGCAACGCCCGAGACCUCUUUGCAUCGGUGCGCCGGUUGCUGGAUCUCCCGGAGACCACCAAAAUCUGGACCGGGCACGACUACCCACCGGCCUACCGCGGCCCCGUGGCGGCGACGGAGGUUGCCAGGCAAAAAAUAGAGAACAAGCACCUCGCGCGGGACGUGACGGAGGAUGACUUUGUAAAGUGGCGCGAAGAGAGGGAUUCGGGGCUCGGGGAGCCCAGGCUGAUGCAUUGGGCGUUGCAGGUCAACGUGAGGGCUGGAAAUAUGCCCAGCCCGACCAAAUCUGGGGAUCGGUUGCUUCAUGUGCCUGUCAAGAUGCAGGGCGUGACUUGGUGA